CAACGUGAAAUGGCAGAGGAGUGUAAUGAGGUUAAAUCAACAGGACCAUCUUCGCCAAGAAGUCCGCUUAGCAAUGGGACAGGAACUAAAGCUUGUAGUCCACAUUCUCCACGGCAGCCAAAGCGUAUAAAACUUACAGGACAACAAUUGGAUAGCUUAACUAAAGACGAAUUGGCAGCCAAGUGGCAAGAACAGGACUUAUAUGUGGAAUAUCUAGAGGCCCAAGCAGCAGCCCAGGAAGUAAGAACAAAAGGAUAUAUAUCAUUGUCUUUCAAGUGCAUUGAAGAAAACAAAAAAGAAAAGAAAAAGAUAAUAAUAAAAAUGAGUGAUACAUGAUAUUUGUGGGAACCAGGUGACAUUUUUAUAGUGCAACUUGCUACAUGAAAUAUAAUUAUUAUAGAAGAAGUCUUACACAUCAUGCAAAACUUCAAGAUGCAUUAUACUUUUUUUAAAACAUGCGUGUUCUCUUAAGGUGUAUAGUGCGAAUCAAAACAAAAAGAAAGAAAAGAAAAGUGAUGCUGUGCAUAUUAUGCAGACAAAAUGAAUUUUUUCAUUUAACAUCUGUAUGUCUGCUUUGAAUUAUUUUUAUUUCGUGAAAUUGGAAGAGAAAUAUCAUUUUUAAUUUGAUCUUAUAAGUGAAAGUGCGAUGUGCUGCGCAUGUUCUCCUAUAGUGUAAUAAGCAUUAAAGUUGGCAAAGAAACAUGUGUGUGCGUGUGUGUGUACACAUUCAAUAUGAAGUUUUCACCUUAUGAGGAUCAUAAGGGAUAUAACAUCUGCUCCGAUGCUAACUUUACAACCCAGAGGAAUGUAAAGAAUGGUCCCAUGCAUCCUUCGGCCUAGAAAACACUGUGCUGGUCCUGAAUAUUAUGGUGAAUUAGCUUCGUUGAGAGAAUCCGAGGACAAAUUCAGACAACAACAUAUUGAAGCUUCUCAUCGUGAAAAAAUCUUAGUGAGAAGGCUUGCCUCUAAAGAACAAGAACUUCAAGAAUGUGUCAAUCAAAUAUCAGAGAUGAAAGCAGCCCAAGUACCAUCCGUUACUUCUUUGAGAUCUGCCUUGCUAGAUCCAGCUGUUAAUCUUUUAAUACAAAAAUUAAGGCAAGAAUUGGUCACAACUAAAGCUAAAUUAGAAGAUACACAGAGCGAACUAAGUGCAUGGAAAUUCACACCAGAUAGUAACACCGGUAAAAGAUUAAUGGCCAAAUGUAGAUUAUUAUAUCAAGAAAAUGAAGAAUUGGGUCGAAUGAUAGCUAGUGGAAGAAUUGCUAAAUUAGAGGGUGAACUUGCAUUACAAAGAAGUUUCAGCGAAGAAGUUAAAAAAUCUCAAUCAGAGUUAGACGAAUUUCUUCAAGAUUUAGAUGAAGACGUGGAGGGUAUGCAAAGUACAAUAUAUUUCUUGCAACAAGAAUUACGUAAAGCACGAGAAUCGGUUAUUUUAUUGCAACAAGAAAAUACGGUAUUGAAAAUAAAUUCUGAUGAUAAUAAUUCAACGAAUCUAACUAAUGGAUUGUCACCCCAUACACCAUCAAUCAAAAAAGAAAAAUCCGAGGAAAACUUAGCAGUAGAUAUGAAGAACUCGAAAUUGACAGAAGGAAGUGAUAUGUGUAAAACUACGAGAACUUCGUCUUUACUAGAUAAUAAACUACUUCAAAGUGAACAUGUAAGCAUCGAAAGAGUAGAUCGGAUAGACAGAAAAACAAAUCAAACUGAUCAUAACGAUGAGAGCUCGAGCGAUUCGGCUGCUUUAAUAAUUAAAGUCGAAAAUGAAGAGUUGAGUGAUAGGGAAGAAGAUCACGAAGAAAAUCGAAAUAAUAAGAAAACAUUGAGGACUAAGAGUUACGAUAAAUACAGUGGAAAAACUAACGGGGAUGAAGUAUUGACUAGAGCAACUAGGGGUAGGGAAAGGACGAAAAGGAACAAAAGUGCACCGAGCAGUGACGACGAAAGGACGCAUAAAAAGAAAAGAAGAGAAAGUGUUCUUUCUCUAGAUUAUAACGAUGCUGAUGAUGAUGCAUUAGUUCUGACUAAUGGUGAGACUCUUCAAAGUGAUCCUGAGUGAAUAAAAAAGAAAUAAUUUCUCGAUUACGUAUACAUUAUCGUUUCAUCGUACGUGAUUUUUUAGAGAACUAAUGUGGUUCACAAUAUAGGAUUAAUGUCAAUUGUACAAAAAAAAAUAAAAGCAGAAUUUUUACUUAUUUCUUGGUAACAAAAUUCUGUGCUAAUUCUAAUCCUAUAAGUAUUAGUUUGUAUACUAAUUAUUAUGUGUAACUUUGUACUUCUGAUACUAUUGAUAAUAUUUUGAUUGAGUCUAAUAAGCUAUUCUCUCAUUUUCACACAUUGACAGCCGGCCCUGCGAAAACGCGGAUUUCUGAGCUAUUCAGUAAUCAGAAACAAGCGAAUAAGGCCGGCGCCUCAGGCUUUAAAUGUCUUUUAAGUCGCUGGCUGUCAAUGUGUUCAUAUUUCAUUAAAUCACUCUCUGUGUAUAUUAUAUUGUAUUAGCCGUAUGUUUUUUUUUAUCCUGUUCUAUUCUAUAGUAUUACAUUUGAAUUUAUUCUACUUUUUGACAUUUAUAUAAAUAUAUACACAUAAUUCAAACAAAUUUAAUUUGUAAAUACAAAUUUGUGAAUCACACAUGAUCCAAAUUUUGAAAUAAUCUAAUUACGUAUUGGUUAAUUAUCCAUGAAUAUAUAAUUUGGGUGAAAUAAGGGUAUUUUUGGGCAUAAUUUUUUAAUAAUUAACCAAAAUUAUUUCGAAAUUGCAUGAAAAUUAAUUUAUUCGUACCUCAUUAAAUGAAGUAAUAAAGCAAAAAGAAACAGUGAAAUAAAAAAAUUUUUAGUAGCUCUUUAUAUACACAUACAUAUACUCACUACACACGCAUACACACUGAAUAGUUAUAUUAUUCUCAUUAUUAUAUAGAAAAAAUAUCUCUACGGGUAAUGUAUACAAUAACCCUUGAAGAUAAAUCUAGUGUUUAUUGCGCGUGUGUAUAACCUAUGUUGUUCUCCAUAUUAAAUAUGUGUAUGCACGCUCAUGUCAUGUAUGAAUUGUGCUUUCAAUUAUGCGUAGGAAGAUCUAUUUGUUAGUCUAUAAAAUACUUAUAAAAUAUUAAUAAACAAAAAAUAAAACAUUAAUUAAUUUCAGUAAAUAGGCUGAUUUCAUAAAAAAAAGAAAACAGAAGAUACAUUACAAAAAUUAUGCAUGUGUAUCUCUAAUUUUGUCAGGUAACAAUCAUAAAUGUACAAAACGCUUUAUAUUACUUUGUAUUAACUAUAUGAGAAAUAUAAACUUCUUCUUUAUUAACUUAAGGAAAGAAAAAAUAUACUAAAAUUUGACAUUUCACGCAUAUUCUACAAAAAAAAAUAAAUCAUUUCUAUAAACAAUUAAUUUUUUUUGAGUAUUCAUUAAAAUUAGUCUUGGGCAAUAUUUAAUUCAAUUAAUGAUUCAAGUUUUACUUACAUCAAUAUUAAUCAUAUGACAUUAUUAGUUUAGGAUGAAAUAUUGCCCAACAAGAAGUAUUAAAGUAAUAUAUAUAUAAAUAUAUUUAACAAUCACAUCUUGAGUCUAAAAAUCUUUCAGUAAAUCUCUUGUUAAUAAUCUUCAUUUAGCGAUAAGAAAACUUUGAUCACUCUGCCUACGAUGCUGAUAUGUCAAUGGCGCAACUAAUCGACUAUCUUUUCUUUUGUAAUAUUCAUUAAAAUCUAGUCGUACGCUGAGUAAUUGUAAAGAAACAUCUUCUGCUGAGGCAAGCAUUAGUAGAAAUUUUUUCACUCUAUCCUACAAAUUAAAAAACAUAUUAUGUUUAAAUAAAACACUUGCAGUA